AUGGCGCUGGCCGCUCGCCUCGUCCUCCCCCGCUUGCUGGUCUCGCGCUCGCUCCCGGGCGCGGCCGCCGGCUCCCGGACUCCCGGCGCUGCCGAGGUGAGGUGGCCGUUGCCCGGACUCUGCUGCUUCUGCUGCCGCCGCCUCGGCACGGGAGCGGCCCGCUUUCCUCGCAGCGCCCGGGCCUCGCUGGCCUCGGCCCUGCCCGCGCGGGGCCCCCGGCGGCCCUGCCCGAGCUCCCCGGGACUCCCUGCAGCCCUGGCUGCUUUCCCUGCCCGCGCGGGGCGAAGCUACAGCACCGAGCAGCAGCCGCAGCCGCGCCAGAAGACCAAGAUGAUCAUUCUGGGCUUUUCCAACCCCAUCAACUGGGUUCGGACUCGAAUUUACUCCUUCCUUAUCUGGGCGUAUUUCGACAAGGAGUUCAGCAUCGCAGAGUUUUCGGAGGGGGCGAAGCAGGCUUUUGCUUAUGUAUCCAAGUUGCUGUCACAGUGUAAAUUUGAUCUUUUGGAAGAACUUGUGGCCAAAGAGGUGCUACAUGUAUUGAAAGAAAAGGUUACUUCUCUACCUGAUAACCAUAAAAGUGCCCUUGCUGCUGACAUAGAUGAAAUUGUAUAUACAUCAACAGGAGACAUCUCCAUUUACUAUGAUGAGAAAGGAAGGAAGUUUGUUAACAUCCUGAUGUGCUUUUGGUAUCUAACCAGUGCCAACGUCCCCAAUGAAACUAUACGUGGAGCCAGUGUAUUCCAAGUUAAGUUGGGGGAUCAGAAUGUGGAAACUAAACAACUUCUUAGUGCAAGCUAUGAAUUUCAGAGAGAAUUUACACAAGGAGUAAAGCCCAACUGGACCAUUGCACGGAUUGAACACCCAAAAUUAUUGGAAUAAUCUUUCUUGGAAAAACCAGCUAAUGGACUUUGAGCAAUUGCUGUGAAAAACUGAGAAAGAAAAGUAUUUGGGUCAUUUGAUCUUCACUUAAUUAAGUCUGUGGGUUACUUUUAUAUUAUUGUGAAAUACUUUCUUGCAGUAUAUUGAUAUGAUACAGUAAAGCAUUUUCCACAUACUGUUACUACCUUCUUUAAAAGAGAUCAAAGUAAAAGAAACAGUAACAACACAUUGUUGGUGUCAUUUUUAAUAUCAUUUCUAGUAUUAUGUACACAACACACACAAUCUGUACUUUUAUAGUCAUAAUAAAGAUGAUAUUUUAAAAGCUA